AUGGAUGACGAUUUCAACAUCUCGCCGGAGGACCUGCAGCGCCUCUCGCCGAACGAGCAACGACAACUGCAGUUAUUCCUGCAAAGCGAGCAACAGAAGAGCCAGAUCGCGAAAAACACACACUCCCUAGCCGAGAUCUGUUUUAAAAAAUGCAUUACAAGCUCGAUAACGUCGGGGAAGAUGGCGGGCAAGGAGGAGACGUGCAUGAGCAACUGCGUCAACCGCUGGUAUGAUUCGAAUCUGCAGAUCCUGAAGCAUCUGGAGACUUUGCGAGCCAGUCAAUAG